AUGCCUCCACCACCAGCCCAAACCGAGUCGUUCCCGCCUCUUUCCCCAACAUUCACGCCUCCAGUCGAGGGUUUACAURGCGCGCCGGCCAGCAGGCCGCAGCCUCGACGACGAAAGAGCUCGAACCUGGGCGCCGAUCCUCGAGGUGAUACUGGAGGCACUGCAUUCGCGACGCGGAAUCUCUCUCAACUCCAACCAUUGUCGCCGCCGACUACGCCCAACUCCCAAAAGCCCACGCGUCCGUCGAAGAGGAGGAAGGCCAAGAGCGUGCUCAAUCGUUGCAAGCGUAUGUGUCUCAAGCACACGUGGGUUAUACCAUUAGUGCUCAUUCUCAUCGUUCUGGGACUUUACCUUGUCAGUCCGGGCGAGCACAACCCGCUGCACUAUGCCAUCUUCCUUUCGUACGCGAAUCCACCGUUGAACGAGCGGACCGACACCCUGCCUGCACAUGUCGGCAAUGUCACGCAAUAUGGAAAGGGGCCCAAGGAUCUGGCAUUCGUCGCCUUCUACAUGAUUGUGCUGUCAUUCACGAGAGAGUUCUUGAUGCAGCGUUUGAUCCGUCCCAUUGCCAUCCGGUGUGGCAUUCGAGCAAGAGGAAAGCAGAGCAGAUUUAUGGAACAAUUCUAUACGGCCCUAUACUUUGCUGUAUUUGGACCCUUUGGGGUGUACGUGAUGAGCAGGACGCCAGUGUGGUACUUCAACACUGCAGGAAUGUACGAAGGCUUUCCCCACAGAGCACACGAGGCUGUAUUCAAGGCAUACUACCUGCUACAGGCUUCAUACUGGGCACAGCAGAGUUUGGUCAUGAUGCUCAUGCUUGAGAAGCCGCGAAAGGACUUCAAGGAGUUGGUACUGCAUCACAUCAUCACCUUGUCGUUGAUCGGACUGAGCUACCGCUUCCACUUUACGUAUAUUGGAGUUGCUGUGUACAUCACACACGACAUCUCUGAUUUUUUCCUGGCGACCUCCRAAUGCUUCAACUACAUCGAUGCGUGGUUCACACCUGGAUACUUUGGUCUUUUCAUCGCGGUCUGGGCAUACCUUCGUCACUACCUCAAUCUUGUCAUCCUUGCCUCUCUGCUCCCCAACGGCGACUUUGCGACUAUCGGACCAUACGAGCUGAAUUGGGAGACGCAACAAUAUAAGUGCCUCCUUUCCCAGACCAUUACGUUCGCUUUGCUCGCAGUCCUGCAAGCUGUCAACAUCUUCUGGUUCGUACUCAUUAUCCGGAUCCUGGUGCGAUUCCUGUCGACCAGUGAGGCAAAGGACGAAAGGUCCGAGGAUGAAGACGAGACGGAGCUCGAUUCAGUCGAGGACACCCCAAAGGCGAACGGCGAUGCCAACACUCCUCAGGUCACUCUCAACGGCGAGCCAUUCAGUUCAGCCGAAGCAUCUGGCACGGGCGUCGACGGUAAAUCUGGGUUGAGGAAACGGUAG